AAAAUUAGAUGUUCCGAAUCCGCUAUCGCUUCUCAAACAUCUAACAACAUCCCAUUCGGGGUCACGUCAGAACGACCUUUUCAUUAGCCAAUAAAAUCGCUCCUUCAGAAGUCUUGGCUUAUAGUUCGGAGGUUUUCUACGUUAUCUUCUUACAAUGUAAAAGCCCGAGGUGUUAAGAACCGGGGCGAAAAUGGCGGAUACACCAAGGAAAACAUGUGUACUUGGUGAUGUGUGCAUCGGCCAUCGUUUGCGGGUUUUCUUUUCUGGUAUUAGAAAAAUCAGCCGACGGAAAGGAAAAUGUACACAAAUAUUAUGAAAAUAAGCUCAAAUUAAACACAGAAAGAAUACAAUCCAUUCGAAACGUGACCCAAGUAAGUGUUGAACUUGAAGGUGCAAGUAAAUAUAAUGCAGGUGUGUGUCGGAAGUGCUUUCGACAAGUUGAAUCUGUUAUAAAAGCGGAGGAGAAAAACAAUGUUACUAAACAGAAACUUAAAGAAGGUGUCGAGUCCGUGUAUCGAACGCAGGUGAUGCAACUGCCCUCCCCUCGGCGAAAAAACAUAACGAAGCGGAUGUUGAGCAGCCCAGGUGCAAGUAAACCUGAUAAUAGACCUACGAAGAUGCAUGUACUCGCUAGUGUAACAUACGUUUCACCUGUCAAAAUAUCGCCUUUCAAGGAAAUAACUGGUCAGAGGCAAAAUGAGAGACAACAUCUUCAGGGGCAACAGGUCACAGCUAUGGAGUCAUUGGAGUGCAUAUCUGGGUUUUAUUUGUUUGUUGAGACUUGACAAAUAUCAACAUAGAAAAGUUCCUGGACAAAACUGAUGUUUCAGUGUACUAUCCAAGUGGAAAGAAGACUACUCUUAUACAGAAUGAGACCCAUCAGAAAAUCUGCAAGGCAUUGAUCCGUGGUACAAACAUUGAUAAUACCAUUGUGGACACCCUGUGUUCGUCUAAUCCAAUGUGCGUUAUAACUGGAGCAGCAAAGAUUGUUAAAUCGGAGAGUGUGAAAAUCUGCAAGCGCGGAUCUGGAUGUCCAUUACAGAAGAAAGACUAUGGGGACUUUUUCAACUUCAGCUGGGAUCACAUUCAUGAAUACCUCCAGGAGCAUUGCCCUGCUCUUCUGUCUAUUAUCACUGCUACGGUUUGUGACUUGACACCUAGUGUUUCUAGUAAACCAUUUCAACAUAUAAUCCUCACAGCCUGUAUUGGAUUGCAUGGUAGAAGCCAAGAAAUGUCCUUGGUACAAUAUGUUGUUGGCUUCAUUCUAAAACAUGGUGGAUGCACGGAACGGGAUAUUGAGAGGUUGUCCAAGAUUGGACUGAGUGUACAUCCCACAACUCUCCACAGGAAGCUGGUGAACUGGCAGAAUAUUCUUGAUACCGAUAUCCUCAAGGCAAGGGAUUCCUGGGCAAAUGGUGGACAUUCUACUUACCAGAUCAUCGGGGAUAAUUGGGACAAGGAUAUAUUGCCUUCCUACAGGACAUCUGACAGAAAAACAUUAUCACUGCAUUUAUUCAAUAUGUAUGCAAUUCUUGACAGAGUGGUAUUUUCCCCAGAAAACCAUGAUAGCCAGACUGAUAACAUUGAACCUUCCAAGUUUAUUCCAUCAGUGACUGAGCAGAGGCAACUUAUGAAGGAGUUGUGCUUUCUUGUAUCAACAUCCAUCAUAGAAAAUCAUCCCCAAAUGAAUGAUCUUCUCAUAAAAGUGUACCCAAAACACCUGGAGCAUACAUAUUCCAGAUAUGCAGGGGAGAAAACUGUACAGUAUCCUUUAGGACUUAGGGACUGUAAUGAAAACAAGACACAAGAUGUGAUUCAUCUGUUGAAGGAGUUGUCCAAUUUAUACGUCCCUUGCAAAGAUGACACAAUUGUAGAAGCAGUUUUUUUUGGAGGAGAUCGCUUGACAGAUGAAAGAGUACAAUCAGCACAGGAAGCAUUGAAGAAUGCCGAGACCCCAUUGGAGAGAUUAGAGGGCUUCAUAUCAAAAAUAGAAGAUUUCCAUCGCAUGAUGAACUUCUUAGAGGCAAUUCAUAAACUGACUUACAACUCCCAAAGUGGCACAGACAGAUGUACUGCUUACUACUUUCGAAAUCUUUUAAACUUGCGAAAUGUUAAGGGGAAAGUGUGUAAUGCUUUUAGAGCGUACAAAAUGUUAUAUUAUGUCAUAUUAGAUGCAAUCUGUUUAAUAAUGUUCCUAACCAUAAUGAAUUCUGAGAAUGUCGAUGAAGAAAUUCAAAUUCCAGAAGAUUUUGACAACAAGACAAAUGAAGAGAAGAUUGAAUGGAUAGACGGAAUAAGUAGUCAGAUAUUGAAGAAAUGGUUUUUUGAAGAGUCAGAAGAUAUUUGUGAAAAUUUAAGGGAGAUAGUUUCAAACCCAGAUCAUCCUGAUAAUUACUGGAUCUCAAAUGUGCAAGAGGAUGGUCGUUUUAAAUGCCAUCACUGUGUAAAAACAUACAAGUACAGCAGUACCCUACAGUAUCAUGAAAAAAAGUAUCAUGACGUAAACAUUGAAAAAACAAAACCUAAGCAAAGAAAAAGAGACAAAGACGAAGUGAAUGAGUACAUAGUUAUGUUAUUUCGGUUGACACUUUUGUUUAGAAAUUUAGAUUCUGGAAUUGACAUGGGUGAUGGAGAAAGAGUUGUCCGCUCAGCCAAAUAUGAGCUUCCAAUUUAUAAUCUGACAAACAAGGUAAAAUACAUGAUUGGGUCUAUUCAUUUGACAGCCCUUACGUCUGGUAUUCUACCAGAACACCAGAAAAAUCGACUCGUUGCAAACAGAUUUGUCAAUGUACAGGGGGGAAAAAACAAUAAUAUUUCAUUGGAUGAAUAUUUAGAAAUGCUAAACAGAGACAGUAAAGUUGUUGCAUCAGGGCAUCAAACAAAAGACAGCAUACUGCAGAACUCAAAAAAUUAUCCUCAUUUAGUGAAUAUCAAGGAUCAUUUUGAGGAAGUAACUGGAAUAAGGAAAAGAAAGGGAUUCCAUCAUCUGCCCUCAUACAAGACAGAUGUUUUAAAGGUUGUAAAAGAAUUGACUGAUCAGAAUGUUUUAACAAUAAACCACCAGCGUAGACUGGAUUGUAAAACUUUGAAUCCAGAUCGUGAUCUGUAUUCCUCAGCGUACAAGGGACUCUGUACCAUGAUCCAUCGCCAUAAACCAUCGGCUCCAUUCAGGCGCUUGAGAGACCCACAUGUAUGAAUACUGCCAACAUACUAGACAUGAAAAUCAUGCCAAACUACAUGUACCUUGAAAUCCUUACUAUUGGUUUAGUAUUAUCUAUCACUUAUGUUGUAUGUGAUUCAUGUGGAUAAGACUACAUGGUGAUAUUUUAUAUACAUUACCAAACUUAAUGCAUUUUGAAAAUGCUGUUUUUAAAACUUGUAAGUAGACGUAUGAAAGAAAUUGAUGAACAAGGCUCUUAAAAAUGCCUAUAACUUCAAAUGUUUAAAACUUUUAAACUCAUCUUCAACUUGUGAAUUUACACUAUACUAUACAGCUGAUGACAAAUACCGUAGGUGCAUUUAAAUUCUGUUUGUGAUAUACCGGUAUCCCUUGACAGAAUAGAGUUUUAAAAAUAAAAGUAUAUCUUUAAGGUGUAGUAGGUCUUUACUGUAUAAUUUGUUAUUUAAAAUUUUUCAUAUUUUUCACAUACUUUAAGCAUGUUAAGUAUAAUCUUUCAACAACAAAAGACUGAAAACAUACACUAUAGUUAUAUGAAAAGAUUGUGUGAAAGAAUGAAUAAAUGGUUAUUUUUGACAAUUUUGAUGUAUGUAAGCUAUUCUAUUGACAGAUUAUAUCAAUCUUUGCGAGAUUGUUGGAAAUUGUGGUGAUAAAGAAAAUUUUCAAUGUGAGAUAAUUUGUUUUCCCAUCUCUCAUAGAAUAAGCAUGUUGCUGACACUAACCCUGUCCAUCUGUCUUCUUUGUGUGUUCUAUAAAAUGGUCAAACACUUGUCAUAUAUCAUAAAUAUUUUUAUUGUUGAUUGUUUUUCCUUCUAUUUGAAAAAUAUGCAAUUGAUGGCUUUUAGUGUUGGCAAUUAUUAAUAAAUGCUUUGAAUAAAUGAAAACAUGAUCCACUUUUGAGUCUUCCUUGAACAUGCUAAAUACUUGAAUGAUUAUAGAAAUGCACACAGGCAUACAGGGCUGUCCAUAGGAAUUAAAAUUUGUGAAAUUUAUAAAAAAUAGAAUAGAGUCUGGGUUCCUCCCUUAACAAUGGGGGUAAAGGAAAUACCAAAGUAAAUAGGGGAUUACAUCAUUUAAGGUCUAGGAACAACCCUGUGUAUUGUCAGUUUAUAACUGUUCUUUGGGUAAAGAUCUUUUAAAAAUUCAUUGUCUGA